CAAGCUUUAAGAAAAACUCAGGUUAGGUUAGGUUAAGAGUUAACGUAUUGUGUUUCGUACUGGUGAUGUAUACGAGUAACAUUGCAUUCGUACUUUCUAAGGUCGAGAUGUACUAGUUCUUUCAUAGUCUACAUAAAAACAUUCUAUAUCGAAUAUAUAUAAUAUUGAAAAAAAAGGAAUUGACGAAAAUCGAAAAUGGGAGACAUAAAAUCGUUCUUCCACCAGUGGUGCGCGAAAAAUGGAAAGGAACCUCAAUUCGAUGUUAGACCAACAGGACCGAAACACCGACAACGUUUCCUCUGCGAAUUGCGAAUACCCGGAUUCGACUAUGUCGGUGUGGGGAAUUCGACGAACAAGAAGGACGCGCAGGGGAACGCCUCCAAAGAUUACGUUAACUACUUGAUUCGCAUGAAUCACGUGAAUUUGAACGACGUACCGAAGGAUACCACGAUGCUGCCUUCGGUCGCACAGGACGGUGUCAAGAUGGAGGCGAUGCCAAUGAAGUCGGUGUUCCAGGGUGGCAUGGGACCGAACGACAUUGGCCAAGCAUACAGGCCAUACAACGAACACGGACAGAGUAAUUACACGUACAUGGACAGGCUAGCUGAUCAGAAGAAAGUAGAGGACGCGGAAGACGUCGACGUGAACUCCAGCAUCCAUGGGAAUUGGACGAUCGAGAAUGCCAAGUCGAAACUUCAUCAGUUCAUGCAAACUAACAAAAUUAACGCUGAUUACAAGUAUACCCCGGUUGGUCCAGAUCAUACGAGGAGUUUUAUGGCAGAGAUGUCCUUUUAUGUCAAACAACUUGGGCGAUGUAUAACUGGACGCGAAACUGGAUCAAAUAAACAGACAGCCUCAAAGAGCUGUGCUUUAUCGAUUGUUCGCCAACUGUAUCAUUUGGGUGUUAUCGAAGCGUUUAGCGGUACAUUGAAAAAAAAUAAAGAUACCGAACAGUUGAAAUCUUACCCUGUUAAAAUUUCACCAGAAUUGGAAAAUCAAGUGCAGGAAGUUUUAAUAAGUUUGAAUAUAAAGCCAAUUGAUGUUACUUCAGCUAGUAAUAGAAUUGAUAAGUCAUCACCUGCGAUGAAAGAGGAAAAUGGUGCAAGUAUGGGCGUGUCUUUAUUGACGAAUCAAGUGUUGGACGACUUUAUAUCCUCCGUGCCGCAACCUGCCGGUGUCGUGAGUUGGUCACCACCUCAGCCAAACUGGAAUCCCUGGACGGGAUGCAAUAUCGACGAGGGACCAUUGGCGACGAUAUCCUUGGAUCAGCUCUCCGAGGACAUGAUGAACGAGCAGCGAGAGAAGGUGCAGCAAGAUUCCAGUUUGCAGACGAGCGUAAAGGAGAGAUCCAACUUGCCUGUUUUCGCGAAGAGGAAUGAGAUCAUGAACGCCAUCAACGAUAAUCCGAUCAUCAUUAUACGUGGGAACACGGGGUGUGGCAAAACUACACAAGUAUGCCAGUUCAUUUUGGACGACUACAUCGCGUCGGGCCAGGGCGCGUACUGCAGCAUCGUCGUCACUCAACCUCGAAGAAUCUCGGCCGUAUCGGUAGCCGACAGAGUCGCCGUCGAGAGAUGCGAGAAUUUGGGACAGUCGGUCGGCUAUUCCGUGAGAUUCGAGUCGUGCUUGCCGAGACCGUACGCCAGCAUAAUGUUCUGCACCGUCGGUGUGCUGCUGAGGAAGCUGGAAGGUGGCCUCAGAGGCGUAUCGCACGUUAUCGUCGACGAGAUCCACGAGCGAGACGUCAAUUCGGAUUUUAUCAUGGUAGUGCUCCGAGACAUGAUUCACCUGUAUCCCGAUCUCAGAAUCAUUCUCAUGUCGGCUACCAUUGAUACUACGCUGUUCAGCGAGUACUUCAACAAGUGUCCCGUAGUGGAAGUGCCCGGUAGAGCGUAUCCGGUGCAGCAAUACUUCUUGGAAGACUGCAUACAGUUGACGCGUUUCGUCCCACCGAUCGCGUCCGGAAAACGCAAGUCCAAGGAGUCAGACGACCUGCCGAUAGACGGAGAACCCGAUGAGAAUCUGAACAAAGUCAUUGGCAAUAACUAUUCUCUUGAAACGAAGGACGCCAUGGCGCAACUGACAGAAAAGGAAAUAAGCUUCGAGUUGAUAGAGGCACUGCUGAGAUACGUCAAGGAGCAGACAAUUCCGGGUGCCGUAUUGAUCUUUCUUCCUGGCUGGAACUUGAUAUUCGCACUGUUGAAACAUCUGCAGCAGCAUUCCAUCUUUGGCGGAUCAUCCUAUUGUAUUAUCCCAUUACAUUCGCAACUGCCGAGGGAAGAUCAACGUAAAGUCUUUGAUCCAGUGCCAUCUUCCGUUACGAAGAUCAUCUUGUCUACGAACAUCGCCGAAACUUCGAUUACGAUUAAUGACGUCGUCUACGUCAUAGAUUCCUGUAAAGCUAAAAUGAAGCUGUUCACCUCUCAUAACAAUAUGACUAAUUACGCGACUGUUUGGGCGAGUAAAACAAAUCUGGAACAGCGGAAGGGUAGAGCGGGCCGUGUCCGUCCCGGAUUUUGUUUCCAUUUGUGCUCGCAAGCAAGAUUUAACAAAAUGGACGAGCACAUGACGCCUGAAAUGUUCAGAACGCCACUGCAUGAACUAGCGUUGAGCAUCAAGUUGUUAAGAUUAGGCAAUAUCGGGCAAUUCUUGUCGAAGGCGAUCGAGCCGCCUCCCAUCGACGCCGUGAUCGAAGCGGAAGUUGUAUUAAGAGAGAUGAAGUGCUUGGACCAGAACGACGAGUUAACGCCACUCGGCAAGAUCUUGGCACGCUUGCCGAUAGAACCUCGUCUGGGGAAGAUGAUGAUCUUGGGCUGCAUGUUCCGCGUGGGCGACGCGCUCUCAACAAUGGCCGCGAACAGUACCACCUUCCCUGAGGUGUACAACAUGGGCCCCGACACGAGAAGACUGACCAUGCAACAAAAGUGGUUCGCCGGCGCGCGAUACAGCGAUCACGUCGCCAUGCUGCACGCGUUCCAAACGUGGGAGGAAGCUAGGGCCAGUGGCGAAUAUUCUGAACAGGCAUUUUGCGAGUCGAAAAAUCUCAGUAUGCCUACUUUGCGAAUAACCUGGGAAGCUAAGAAUCAACUGCAAGCGCUGCUGCAGAGCGCCGGCUUUCCCGAGGAGACCUUGUGUCCAACUCCGUUGAAUUAUCAAGCGGGCGCAGACACACGUCUCGAUACUAUCACUGCACUGUUAUGCAUGGGCCUCUAUCCCAAUGUGUGUUACCAUAAGGAAAAGCGAAAGGUUCUCACGACGGAGUCGAAAGCAGCGUUGAUCCAUAAGACGUCGGUAAACUGCAGCAACUUCGAGCAGAACUUUCCAUUUCCGUUCUUCGUGUUCGCCGAGAAGAUCCGUACGAGAGCCGUGUCUUGCAAACAAAUGACCAUGGUGUCUCCCAUCCAUCUGUUGUUGUUUGGCUCACGCAAAGUGGAAUACGUGGACGACGUAAUCCGACUGGACAACUGGAUCAACUUGGACAUGAAUCCGCAACACGCAGCAGCCAUCGUCGCUUUGCGACCCGCGCUGGAGAGUCUCGUCAUUAGAGCGUCCAAGGACCCGGAAACGAUCUUAGAAUUGAGCCCUACCGAAGAAAAGGUGCUAAGUGUGAUCAAGUCAUUGUGCAGCAUGAACGCUUGCCGCCACGAGUUGGAGCAGAUAACCGGCGGUGGUUUUCAGUCACGUCGUCCACCGAGGGGCCACGUAAGCGGUUUUCAAUCCAGCAUGUAUAGACCCGCGAAACUGUCGCGUGGAGACGAUUAUCAGGAACCAUCGGUUUCGAAUGAUGGUAAUUACAGCGGCAGAAAUUUCGGCAAUCGCGGUGGAGGAUACAACAGAGGAGGCUACAAUAAUAGGGGAUACGGAAUGGGCAGCUCACGUGGUUGGAGAGGAAACUGGGGUAGCGGUGGAUACCGUGGACGUUACUAAUUAAUAUUGUAUUGUCUUAUUAAUAUUAGUUCGUUUAUUAUAGUUAUUCUAUAUAAUAUAUUAUAUAUGAUAUUAUAUAUAAUAUAUUAUAUAUGACAUAUGGUAUACUAUAAACAUAUGAUGUAUGGAGAUAUAUGUGAUAUGUAAUCUCGGUCUCUCUCUUAUGAGAACUCUGGUACUAUGACACAAGAAGAGUUUUUUUUUUUCUAGUUAAUUGAUAUUUUAUAUAAUAUUUGCCUAUACACUGUAAGCAUGAAUAUAUUUGCAGUAUAUUGUCCUACCUAUAUGUUUCUUGAAUGUUUUUCCAAAAAUAAUAAACAUCUCAUAACUAAAA